AUGAAAUACCAACUUAUCACUUUAGUAGUAUUGAUAGUUCUGGUGGACAUAAUUAUUUGUGCAGGCGGCGGAGGAGGAGGUGGCGGUGGAGGCGGUGGUGGUGGUGGUGGAGGAGGAGGAGGAAGUGGAGGUGGCGGAGGCGGAGGAGGCGGUGGAGGUCAACAAGACACUUUAAUUAUUGACCAAUCAGGAAGAGGUAACAGAUGGGGAGGCAGAAAUCAGUGGGGCAACGGAAGACAAUUUGGAGGCGGUCGAAAAUUUGGAGGCGGUAGAAUAUUUGGAGGCGGACGACGAACUUUUGGAAGUCGACAAGGCGGUGGUCGUCAUAGAUGGUAG